GAGCAAAGAAAUCUAAUUGCUUCAGAUAGGAGAUAACUACGUUUGCGUUUAUUAUCAAAGAAUUUUGUGAUGUUUGCAGGCUAUUUAUGACUUAUACCAUUCAUGUACAUUUGGAUAAAGUUUACGGCGAGGUUUGUCAUAGUAGAAUUGAUUGCUGAUACCAGAUGUCUUUAAUUCUUGUCAAAAGGUGAAAAUAUUAAGUAGUCCCUAAGCAGGUAUUUAACAAGAAUAAAACAUGACAGUGUCUGUAAGAGGUGGUGUACCCCUUGAUCAAACUGUUCCAGUCGAGGGCACAAGUCAAGAUGAUGAACAGCUUGAAGGGAAAGGAGAAAGCUCGGAAACAACACCUGCUGUCAAUGAUGAAGAAAAUGAAGAUAAUGAAGUUAUUCUGGAUGAAAAUGGUUGUCCUGUAUUUCCCAUUGAAGAACUUUCACGACUUGAUGAAAUGAUAGGCCGCCAGAAGUGGGUUGUUCCUGUUUUACCCAAAUGUGAACUUGAGAUCUUGCUAAGAACAUCCAUUAAAUUGUGUCGAGCAGGUCUUGACACAAAGAGUGAACAAUGUCAACGAUUUUUUCGUGAGGGUCUAACAGUUUCAUUUCAAAAAAUUUUAAAUGAUGAUGCCGUUCAUAGCUGGAAAUAUGAAAUUCAGAAAUGCAUCUACAACUCAACAAAACUUUUGAUAGAGCUUUGUGUUCUUAAACUAUCACAAGAUUGGUUUGUCUUAUUGGAUAUGUUAGCACUAGCUUUCAAUCCUCAUUGCCGGUUUCAUAUUUUCAAUGCAGGAAGGGCUGCAAUGAAUUGUGGUCAAGUUGCCCAGGAUGGGGAAAUGGAAAUAUUUGCCACUCCGCGGUCAUCGAAGGGCUGGCUAAUCGAUUUCGUUAAUCACUUUGGAAUGUUGGGAGGCUUCAAGCUUCUACAGGAACGUAUAUGCAACGGGGGAUCGUUAUCAGUGUCACUGUUGGCUGCGUUAAUAAGACCUUUUGGUCCUUGUGCGCAGGUACUUUGCUCAGGGACGGUGAAGAAAUAUUUUGCUCCUGUUAUCGAAUGUGUUCAAAAAUUCCUGGACAACCUGACAAAUGAAGAAUUGAAAAAGGAGACGAAAAAUGAGUCGAAAACAGACUCACUUUCAUCAAUUAUAAAGGCAUUAAAGUCCCUGGCAGCAAAACUUCCAAAAGGUGAAGAAGUCGGCAAAGAUUUAGAAACGUUUCGAUUAAAGAUGAUAUUUAGGUUGCUGCAAGUAUCUUCUUUUAAUGGAAAAAUGAAUGCUUUAAACGAGAUCAACAAAGUUAUUUCCAGUGUUUCCUAUUACUCUCAGCGUCAUUUGGACGACGAAGAAUGGUUAACAGCUGAUAAAAUGGCUGAAUGGAUCCACGAAAACGAUGUUUUGUCUAUAGUUUUGAAAGAUAAUCUUCAUCAACCACAGUAUGUAGAAAAAUUGGAAAAAAUCAUCCGAUUUGUAAUAAAGGAAAAGGCUCUGACUUUGGUAGAUCUUGACCAUAUCUGGAGUGCGCAGGCUGGAAAGCAUGAUGUCAUUGUGAAAAACAUUCAUGACCUACUGGCUAAACUGGCCUGGGAUUUUUCUGCUGAGCAACUUGAUCAUUUAUUUGAAUGCUUUCAGGAAAGCUGGACGAACGCCAGUAAAAAACAGCGCGAAAAACUUCUAGAGCUAAUUCGAAGGUUGGCUGAGGAUGAUAAAGAAGGUGUAAUGGCGCACAAGGUACUUGGCUUGCUCUGGAACUUGGCUCAUAAGGAUGAUGUGCCUACCGAUAUAAUGGACCAAGCAUUAAGUGCUCAUAUAAAGAUACUUGAUUAUAGCUGUUCACAGGAUCGUGAUUCUCAGAAAACUCAAUGGAUAAACAGAUGUGUUGAAGAGCUUCGUAACGACACAUGGGUACUUCCUGCCAUCAAACAAAUACGUGAAAUAUGUUGCUUGUUUUAUGAGGCUCCUACAAACUAUUCGCAUACGCAAAAGAAUCCACACGUAUUUUACCGUCAUGAUGUUAUCAAUGAUUUACAAACUCGUCAUCAGUUGAUCUCUCUCAUGGCAUCCAAUCUAAAGAAUUAUAUGUCUAGUGUCAGAGAUAUGGAAUUCGAUAAGUCGUCCGAUCCUGAUGAUUUGUUACCCGAUGGAAGAUAUUGUCAUGUUCAACAAGUACAAAAACGAUUGAGUUUUCUCAGAUUUAUUUUACGAGAUGGACAACUGUGGUUGUGUGCUCCCGAAGCAAAGAUUAUAUGGGAAGCUUUAGGUGAAAACUCUGUUUUUGAAAGCGACAGGGAAGCUUGUUUUAAAUGGUUUUCAAAGUUAAUGGGUGAUGAACAAGAUUUGAAUCCAGAAAUUAGUGGUGUAUUUUUUGAGAGCAAAGUUCUAAAAAUUGAUCAAAGUUGUCUCACCGAGAAUGGAAUGGAAUGCUUCGAAAGAUUCUUUCAGAAAGUAAAUAUUAAAGAAGGAAAGUUUGUGAGCAAACGUCGCAUGUUGGUGAUGGAUGAUCUUGAUCUAAUCGGAAUCGAUUACUUAUGGGAAAUUGCCUUGAGGGGAUCAGAAAGGAUUGUGGGUAGAGCUGUUAAUCUUUUGAAACAAAGUUAUACUAAUCUUGGACCAAGAUUACGUGCAAAUCAGGUCGACAUUCACGAAAAAAUAAUACAAAAGUGCAUGCACAAUGUGAAACCGUCCUAUGAAGUUUUACAAAAGGAAUCUGUGAACAGAAAAAACUGUAAAAAUAAGAGCAACGACUCAAAGAUACGCGAGGCAGCAUUACGUAUUGUAAGAUGUUUGACAGUCCUACGUGAAUAUAUCGCUGAAUGUGAUGACGAUUACAGCGAGGAGAGAAUAAUAUUACCGCACGGUCGAUCGUAUUGCGGCAAGCAUAUUACAUUAGUUAUAAGAACGGCUACCCAAGGUCGGCCUAGUGAUGACUUCGAACUAUGGUCUCAUCUUAACGAAACUAUUGCCAGCGUGCGGCGACAUAUUUUACAAAGGAUGCGUAACCAUUAUCCCCAAAUUACGAGAAUUGAUUUAUAUAUUGGCGGCGAGCUGCUCUCUCCUGUUGACGAUAAAAGAUUGAUUGGAAAAUGUAACUUGCCCGAGCGUGUGAUAAUUACUGUAAGAAUUGGGAAUGCAAAUUCUUCGAUGCCUUCCUCACCGGAUUCAUCGGAUGACUCAUCCGGUUCUCCUCCUGCCACGUUAGAUGGUCCUAACAUUGAAGCUGAACGCUGUUUACCUGGAGUGAUUAUAGCAACGAAGACUCAAUAUGUGGAAUCAUUUCUCCGUUUGGCGGAAUACUCCAUACAAUUUGACAUUCCUGAACUACGAGAGGAGGUCUGGUUUUUAUUGGGUAUAAUCCCUACAGAUCGUUCAAUGGUGGAGAAUAUGAGAAAAGCAUGUUCUUAUAAAGCAGAAAAAGAAGACGGUUCAGAUUCUCGUUCGUUUGAAGCAUGCUUCAAUUCUUCAUUGUCUUCUCAAACAGUUUAUAAUCUCGAGACGUUAUAUGCUCUUUUGAUGCCAGCUGGACAGUUACAUCGUGAAAAGGCUGUGGAUUUUCAGAUGGCUUUCUUUAAGAGUGGUGGAGUAAAAUGCAUCCUUGAUCUUGUCACAAAACCUAAUUUUUUGGAAUUUUCUGAUACGUGGACAAGAAGCUUAUCUAACACUGAUGAAGAUCACAAAGUUUGCAUUAACUCGGUUGCAUAUGCUAAAGUUUACAUAGUUGCCGAGGCGUUUCGAGCCGACACUCGCUCAGAUAUAUCUGAUGAAACAAAAGAUGCUGCUGUUGUACUACAGCAAGCUUUACAAUGUAUACCAAAUCUUAUCUUGGAAUGCGUUCUCAGAACGUACGCCUUGUCGCUUGGACAGCGCAAUUCUGAAGAAAUUUCACUACAUACUCCUGAUUUCCGUGUUGUAAAAGCAAUCCAAAAGAUUUCUUGGACAGCGGCAGGUGGUAUGAUGGACAUACUUCGUGCUUCACCGGAUGAAAUACAUAAAUCUUUUGAAAAGAUGGACCUAACUUCUCACUUCUUGGAUAUUAAUGAUAUUAAUACGUGUAAGGAAUCUACAGAGGUUUUAACUCUGUGUCUCGCAAUCCAACCGAACCACCUGGAAACGUUGAGUAAAGAUCGAUCGUGGCAAAGUUUUAUUACAGAUUUAGUACUACGCUGUAAUAACAGCUCUUUAAGGUGGUACGUUGUCGAACAAUUUUUUGUCAUGGCAACACGAUGUUCGGAUGGUCACAGACCUUUAAUAUUUUUCAUUACUUUGCUGUUUUCCGUCUUAACGACAAUUGUUGAGAACAACCCUGAAACAAGUGGAGAGUAUUUUACAUUGCUCUCAAAGUUGUUGCAUUUCGCACAUUCCGUACACGCGCCCUAUUCUACUGCUGAAAAGUUAUUGACAAACGAAAUACAUUGGCUUAAAAGGGCGAAGGACUUGGUAAAAUCGACAGGAAAUUGUGAAUCCGUUCAGGGUUGUUUGCUUGAAGGACAUAUACUUAUUGCAAGAGAACUGCUGUUGUUUCUUAGUCCAGUGAAAAAACAUUAUAUCGGAUGUGCUCCCGAUGGACCCUGUCUUGUCAAGGAACUGUUGGACGAGUUCAUUUUCCCAGCAUCCAAGAUGGUCAUAGAAUCGAGGAAGUGUGGUGAUGUAUGGAAUAAACCAGUUAUCGCUGUUUGCAAUACGUCACCAACACUUGUCGCUGCUUUUGAGUUGCUCGUAUCGCUAUGUACUGGUUGUAUUGAGAAUCUACAGUAUGUAGCGAAUGCACUCACAGAACUAUACUAUUCAGGAAAUGAGAUGCCUCUCCUGGAAUGGGAAUACACGCCUCCCAUUGGUCCACGUCCAAUGAGAGGAUUUGUUGGUUUGAAGAAUGCCGGAGCUACAUGUUACAUGAAUUCUGUUAUCCAACAGUUGUUCAUGAUUUGUAAAGUUCGUGACGGUAUUCUUGUUGCUGAUGAGACGUUAUCAUUGCCUGAUGAAGAAUCUGUAAACAAUGACGAGAAAACUGAGAGCGAGGGUACAAGUGAUACUGGAUACUAUUCAGAAGACACGAAAGAUUAUAAUAACGAAAAAGACUGUAAUGACAGAGAAAAGGAAGCGAAACUAAACUUGAGAUAUCAAAAGUCGAUACUCAGACAGAUGCAAUUCAUAUUUGGUCAUCUUAAAGAAAGUCAGUUGCAAUAUUACGUUCCUCAAGGAUUGUGGAAGACAUUCAAAUACCAGGGGGAACGAGUGAAUCUUCGUGAGCAACACGAUGCGCUGGAGUUCUUUAACAGUUUGAUUGAUAUUCUGGAUGAAGGGCUAAAGGCUGUUGGCCACGAACCGGUUCUUAUACGUGUUCUUGGUGGCAUUUUUGCUGAUCAAAAAAUUUGUAAAGGUUGUCCACACAGAUACUCCAAAGAUGAUCCAUUUAUUGCCCUAACCAUUGAUAUUCGUAAUCACCAAAAUCUCAUUGAAUCUCUUGACCAGUUCGUGAAAGGCGACUUGCUCGAGGGUGCAAAUGCUUAUCAUUGUGACAAGUGUAACAAAAAAAUUGACACAGUUAAAAGAAUGUGUUUUAAAAAACUACCGAAAGUUCUGGCUAUCCAACUGAAGCGCUUUGAUUAUGAUUGGGAGAGGGAUGUUGCAGUGAAGUUCAAUGAUUAUUUUGAAUUUCCAAGAGAGUUUGAUAUGGAGCCAUAUACUGUACAAGGUCUUGCUAGAAUUGAAAACGACCCUGGCGAGUUCGACGAAAGCACAACUACGAUAUAUGAAGAAGAUGAAAAGAGAGAGUUAUUGAGUACUAAAUAUCGUCUAGUUGGUGUCGUUGUUCAUAGUGGGCAGGCAUCUGGCGGUCAUUACUACUCGUACAUAAGAACGACAACUCAUGGAUGCACAAGUUGGUUCAAAUUUGACGACGGUGAUGUAAGCGAUUGUAAAAUGGAUGACGACGAGGAAUUGAAAACGCAAUGUUUUGGUGGUGAAUAUAUGGGAGAAGUAUUUGAUCACAUGAUGAAGAGAAUGUCGUAUCGUCGUCAAAAAAGAUGGUGGAAUGCUUAUAUCUUGUUUUACGAGAGGAUAGAAGAGGAAGACAAUGGUUUUGUCCUGGUCAAAAAUGAUGUAAAAAUCCCUUGUGCGAUUGAACAAGAGGUUAGAAAACAAAACAUGGAAUUUCUUCAUAACAGAAUACAGUUCUCAAACGAAUACUUUGAUUUCAUUCGAAAACUGGUGACUGUGAAUAUUAAUUUGGAUUCGGAAGAUGUUGAAGAUCUAGCCAUGAUCAGCAUGCAAUUAUUAUCAAAAUUUUUGUUUUCUUGUGGACUACGGACUAAAAAGACUAUAAGAGGUCCAGCUGGAGAUUGGUACGAGGCUAUCACCGGUCUCUUACGUCAGAGCAAAAUAGUUCGUUUGUGGUUUGCUCAAAAUGUCUUAUUCACUCACUCAGAAAGAAUCUCCGAGUACUUACUAGAGUCACCAUCACCUGAGGUCCGCACUAUGUUUGCAAGGAUGUUAGUAUUUUUGUGCCGUGCAUCAAGAUCUGAUGGUGAAUGUGAUCCACCUUACGUUAUGGAGGAAAAACAGUUGGAGAAUAAUGAAGGCACUAAGAAAACAGUUUUAAGUGAAUAUAUUCUUCGUGCCGUAUUGAAAUUACUCGAUAAGGAAGUUCCUGAAAAUGGACGAAAUUUGCAUCAAUAUUUCUCAUUCUUUUGUUUGUAUAUGAAUCUUGGAACUUACGAGAAAAAACAACUAUUGGAUCUUAAUGUACCUGCAGCGUUUAUACAAUUGGCUCUAGAUGAAGGCCCCGGUUUAUCCAUACGAUAUCAGUAUCCUGAACUUGGAAAACUUCAUGCUGUUAUUUCCUGUUUAAUACGGUCAUGUGACGUGUCACAUAGAUGGCAGUCUUCUAUGGAUAAUGGACAACCAAUUCGAAUGAGAGAUAUGGAAACGAUUAUGAAGUUACAAAGCAAUGUUGAUGAACAGAUUUUCGUACGGUUCAAUUACAUAAAAAAAAUGAUAGAAUGUUAUACUGACGCGGAGGAAACAGUGCUGCUUUUAAAGUAUUGUUGCUGGGAAAAUCCUCAAUUCUCGUCGUCAAUUCUAAAGGAGCUUUUAUUCCAGAUUGCUUGUUUGUACACGUAUGAAUUGAGGCCUUACAUGGAUUUGUUACUGGAAAUGACUUUUCUUAAAGACUCUUGGCAAAGACAUCGGAUUGCCAACAUUUUGAAAGGAAGUGAUGGAAAGGAUGGCAUCUUUGAUACUAUACAACGAUCCAGAAAUCACUAUCAUAAACGUGUUUACCAGUGUAUAAAAUUUCUCGUCGCAUUGUUUAGCAAUAGCCAAAUGGCUUAUCAAGUUGUCUUGGAUUCUCAUGAUCUCAAAUCGAAGUGGACUGCUGCUGUUGACUGGUUGAAUGACGAGCUGGAUAGAAGACCAUUUGGCUCAUCAAAUGCUUAUCCCUACAAUAAUUGGUCGCCACCUGCACAAUCCAAUGAAACAUCUAAUGGCGUUUUCCUUGAACGUUCCCAAAGUGCAAGAUUAACAUUACAAAAAGCAUUUGAAUUUGUUCCGGAAGAGGAGCAAGAGGAAACGGCAGUGGAAGAUGUGACAGAGUGCGAAAUCACUGAAGACGAAAACUCUUCUGAACGAGAAUCUAAUGCUGCAGCAAACCAAUCAACAUCCAGUAUUUCUGGACAAUCUGAUUCUACCAUCCCUCAAAGUGCCGAUCAAUCAUUGGACGAAGUGGACUCGAGUUUAAAUGACUCUGAAAAACAGGAGGACGAUACAAGCACGGGAAAAUCAAAUGAAGCAUUAUAAUAACAACCUCUUAUUGCGCAUGACGUAUUCACGCAUUCAGAAAAUAUUUAGUGCUGGCCUGUAUUUUCACGAUCAAAACUGGUGUUGGCAAUUACUAAAUAUUGAUUUUGUAAAUCCUUAAAAGAAGCGAAAGUAACGUUUUCAAGUCAUGUUUCCUUGUGUUGCUAAAACAUUCAUUAAGAAAGAUGUUUCAUUAUUAAAUUAAAAAAGGAACGUUUUAAAGACAUAUUCGCUUGUGUUGCUGAGGCAUUCCUUUAUAAAAAUAUUUCAAUAGGAAAUUUAAAAAGUAGCAUUUUAAAGCCUUAUUCCUGUUUACUAACACAUUUCUAAAUAGCGGAUUGCAUCAUAAAGAAAUUAUCAAUCAAAGUAAAUCGAAGAAUUUUUUGUUUUAA